AUGGCCUCUAAAACGAGAAAGACCACCAAGACUGACGAUGCCAAGGGUACCGCUCCUCAACUAUUCGACAUUCAAAAGUGUUGCGGCUCAUACCUUGUGCGCUGCAGCAAGAUUGAAGACCAAUGGCCGCCAGAUGACGACAUGAAGCUGGACGUUUGGGCCGGGAAGCACGGACUGCUCAAGGCUGCCUGCGACUUUGGAGCCUUCGAAGGCACGAUGAUCAUGAGUGAAUCCGAGGAACUGCUCGACGCCAUCUGCGACCUCGACCGAGCCGAGGAAGAAAAUGCUGGACUAUCCAAAUACAAUCAAGAUGAUUCAUCCGAGAGCAGUGAGUACGGUCAGCCCGCGAGAUCGAAGAAACGAGCGGCCCAGGGAAACCUCAGUGGCGCGCCCGCCAAAAAGACUAAGACCGCGGCCAAAGCUUGUCAUCGGAUUUACUACUGCAUGAGAGUUGCAGACACAGGCACCGGGGACCUUGAUGAUGAUACCAGGUCGGGAUAUCUCGACUUGUCUGGGGGCGAUCAUUCCGGAGCAGGGUAUAGUCACUUUGUCGGGUUUGCCAAUGAUUUCUGCUGCUUGUCAGGGAAGAUGGAGUUCAACGGCAAGAAGGUGGCGAAAACCCCUCAGAAAUGGCCUGAAUCAUGGAGCAAGCUGGUUUGUACCGUCGGUUAG